UCUAGCAGGUGUUUUGGUUUUAAGGCCUCAUGACUUGUGUAAUUACUGAGAAGGAUGAUGUUGGUCCUGGAUGUGAAGUGGUUAAAGACUUGGAGCAAUUUGGGGACUAUUAGGCCUUUUGUUUGAAAGAUUCUCUCUUUUUAUUAGAAAUGUUCUUUCUCUAACUCUUGCAUCUUCUCAGACUUUCCUGGAGAGUUCUGUUUCUGUAUUAGCACAGGUCUUUUUGCGUAUUACAAUACAGCUUUGCCAAAUAAUGUCUCUGUAUUUCUAUUAAUAUGCACAGGCAUUGCCUUUUGAAGUAUCUAAGGUUGAGUAAGGUCAGACUUAAGGUGAGAAGUGCGAUUUUUUGGAAUUACCCAUGUCUUAUUACCCAGUUUGAUGCUCUUUGAUUGCAGGGCGUGCACAAUCACCCAUCUUUAGGAUACUGUUGGAUAGGCUGUUCACAGAAGAGAUAUUCUUGAACAGGUCAUAGUGAGAAUAUCUUUAUGGCUAAAAGUAAAUUCUAGGUACUUAACUUUGGCCCUUAAUUUCCUCAGUGGAAUAAAAACCUAGCUAUGUUGUCUGGCUUUCUGGGAUUUUUUGACCCUACAGAUUUGUGUCAUGAUCAUGGAAAUGUACCCAUUCAGUAAAUGGUUGCCUGCAAAACAUAUACAGAGUGGUAGCAGAGGGCUCCAAAAAGAAAGCAACAUAUUACAAUUUAAUGACUUAGCAAAUGAAUGGGGUGAGCUGAGGUUCCCAGCCAGAUAUAUGUGGCUCAUGUGUACAGUUUUGCACCACACAGCCCUUUGCAGUGGUUUGAGCGAGAUCUCUUGUUAACAAUACAUGUGUUGGUAACUAAGAGGGCACCUGGAUUUUUCCUGGCUUGUUCCUUAUAGAAAGUGUAGUGAGCGAGGGCGCAAUUCAGACUGUGAGGAGAUGUACUCUCACUUGGUAUAUUCUAGUUUUCUGAUUUCAUGUUUUGAUUAAUAGGACACUUUGUAAGAGCCUGAGUUUCAAUUUGGCAACCUUCUGAAUUUAAAACACUUACCAUGUAAACCACCUGAGCAGUGUUCACCUUGUGUUACAUGUCUUUUUGGAGGGGAGAAGAACAGUUAUUACUGUGUCCCUAAAGAGAUUACAAGAAAAUAUGGAGUGAUCUCUGGGUUUAUAUUUUUUUUUCUAUUCGUUUCUCUUUUAAGGAGAAUAUCAUGGGUCAAUGUGAACCUUCAGGAAGUGAACCUGUGAGUGUCACGGUAGAAGAGAAAACUUCAGCUGGCAACGUGAGCUGUGGGAACAAUUCCCCCGAGCCAGAGGGCCCUGAUGUCCAUCUGCUGUACCUUUCCAGAAGGGCUGCUCUGCGUGGGAGGAAGGCAGUGAGGUCCAGGCCUGGGCCAGCCCUGGCCGGUGACGAUGGCUGCAGCUCUGCUGGGCCAUGCCCUGACCGUUACCAUGACCACCACAAAAUCCUUGUAAACCUCAAGAGCCUGAUGAGGGCCCACACAGAGAAGCUGGCAGCUGGCAUGGAGGCGCCCAGCCACCCACCCAACCACUUCCAGCAGCAGUUGGGCACAGCAGUGAAUGGGGACCUGCUACAGUCACCCUCGACCCUUGGCAAGGCCAGCAAGACUGCCACACUGCAGAAUUGUUCAGUCCCCAAUCCUGUGACUGGCACUGCUGGUUCUGCAGCUUUGACCAACACCAGUGGCAGUGAUUUCCAGGGAGAAGUCAGACUAGAUAUUGCAUGUCAGCUGCUGGAGGAGAUGUUAUCAUCCAAUCCGGAAAUGGCUGCCUUUUUGGAGGAGAAUAUCAUGGGUCAAUGUGAACCUUCAGGAAGUGAACCUGUGAGUGUCACGGUAGAAGAGAAAACUUCAGCUGGCAACGUGCUGCUGGACUUGACCCAAUCUGAAAGCACAACUGUGCAGAAGAGGGUUCUGGGGAGGAUCAGGAAUCUGAUCCAUGGGCUGGCCAACGUUUCCAAAUGGAGGUACAGCAGACCCUGGCUGUUGGACUGUCAUUUCAAUUACAGCCAAGAAGCUGCUCUCCUUGAUGACCAAGGAGAGUUCUCUGAGCUUUGCUUUGAUGAAGUUAAAGGAAGACCAAGGAGCUGGAAGGUUCCUGCCCAGACAUCCCGAGUCCAGUUUCCAGUUCCCUGGUGUGCUGUACACACAUAUGCACACAGAGGCAUCCCACCGGUCAGCAGCCUAAGACACUGUGCNUGCCUUCUGCUGCCCAAGGCAGAGAGGAAAGCAAAGUUACAAGGGGGGGUGACAGCACUAGCAUGGCUUAGGCUCCAGAAAUGCCAAGCUGGAGGCUGCUAGGAAGCAGGGACACGAGCCCAGCCUUCUCCCUGAGCAGUCUCUCAGCUGGGCUCGCAGUGCCCAGGCACUGGGCAUGCUGCAAGGAAAUGGGAUGGGAGUAGCACGUGGUGUUGGGCACAGAGCACCAGCUGGGGUGUUGGGGAUAUCCCA